UGAUAUCGGUAUCGGACAUAAAAAAGUGGUAUCGUGCCAUCUCUACUCUGGAUAACUGUUUUUGUCAUGUAAUUGGAUUGCACUUUGUCAGGCCUCUACCCUAAGACCUGACCAGCUUGGGUGUCCCACCUGAAGGCUAAGCUUCUGCUGGUCAAGCUUUUAUGGUCACUAAGGCACGCAAACCCCCUGACCACAUUGAGGUGUCAAUCCCUCAGGGGGAAAACAGAAAAGCAAAAAACAAAAAAUAAAAUAAAAUAUUCCUCAUCAGAGUCUAACAACUAAAAACACGACAUUUACCUUAAUUGGAUAGCCUAUAUCGAAUAUAUUUGAAACCAACAAUAACACUUCACACUAUUACCAAUAUUAAUAAAACUAAGAAGGGUUAGGGGGUAAGUGAAUUCACAAACUCUUGAAAAAUAAAACUUAAAAAUAGAAAUAAAGAAUAAAAUAAAAAAUCCAUUCAGAUCUUUAUAACCAACAACAUAAAAUCUAUCUUAAUUGGAGGGCCUAAUUCAAAAAAAUUUGCAAAAUUAAGUAAGAACAAAAUAACACCUCUCAAUAUAGCCAAUAUACUUAAAAAACUAAGAAAGGUUGGCAUAGUAAUAAAAAAAUACCAACAUAAAUACCUGUUUAUCGCGGUUUCAUGGAAACUCAAAUUAACAGAGAGACAUUAAACGCACCUCAUUGCCUGCUGUAGCCAAACGGAAAAAAGUACGUUCUUCGCAGCUGCACUUCAUCUCAGAGGUAGGUUAAUAAAUUGGAUUUAACUUAACCACAAUACUUUGACAUGGCUUCUUUAUAAACUGCAGUCCAACUUGAAGGCGGUGGCAAGAUGCGUCGCAUGGCUGUUUAGCUGGUGGGAGGGGGAGUUCUCUGUCGAGUGCUGUGUGAGCCUGCGCACAAACAGUGCACGGAGCGGAAGCAAAGAGCGGAUGAGACGUGAAACCUCUCAUUUAAUUUGUGCCUUUUCUAGCAGAUUUUUUUUGCUACUGUAGUAAAUCGUGUCCAUAUUCAGUUUGUGGGUAAUCUAUUAUUUUCUUUCUAAACUUCUAAAAGUUUGACUUCAGGGGGCAGGACGCUUGUUUAAGGGGGCAUUGGCCCUGUAUAGAUAAACUACGAAACCGCACACGAAGAAGUGCUGGUCAUUGGAGAGAAGCUGCCUUCAUAAUCUGGAACCUUGGGAGGACGUAUUCUGAACUCAGAGUGGAGGUAAACAGCUACUAGCUCCAUGCCGUAAAGUGAAGACAGCAUUGUUUAAUAUCAACGCAAAUAACCCAACACCUAGCUGAUGUCAACACAGGCGUUGCUGCUAAGAUGACAGAGACACACCUGGAGAGCUUACUGGAGGAUGUGGGCUUGGAGCAGUACUACAGAACGAAGCUAUCACUCAGCGAAAUACUUGUUCUUAAUAGGAAGACCAUUUCUGACGACUCUUUGGAGUAUAAAUCUGACCUCCCAUGGCAUUUUUUAAAGAAGCUGAUGAUGGUUAAUGUAACAGCUAGGAGUGUGACAUAUAUAUCAGAUUGUGGGUCGAAUUGUGCUGAUAAAUCAGAGAAUACAGACUCGGAUCUUGAUGAUCUGUUUGAGAGCCCAAAAACUGGUGGCAAGCUAAACCCACUCGACAUAAUCACUGCUCUCUUUCUGUGUUCUGAUGGUUUUCUACAGCAGGAAAUGGCACUAAAAAUGUCCAUGUGUCAGUUCUCUGUUCCUCUGCUGCUUCCCAAUUGUGACACCAAUAAGUGCACACUCAUGUUGUGGGCCAUGAGAGACAUUGUUAAGGAGUACAGACCUCCGUCUCUGUUAGAAUCCAAGGGCUUCAUUGAAGACAGAAUCGUUCUCUCUGAACUUCCAAUGAUCUCUUUUGUCAGACUGGGUGAGUGCUCCUUGUCCAAGUCAGAGAUUCUCAAUAAGCUUCUAACUGAUUCUAAGCAGUACCAUGAGACCUUUGUUCACUACAACAUGGAGUGUGGUGACAGUCCAAGAAGAAUAUCCAACGGACUGACUGAAAUUACUUGGUAUCUUCCUGGCGGAAACACAAACAUUGAUAUUUUCAGUCAGCCAGUGGCUGUAGCUAACCUUCGUGGAGACAUUGAAUCCUUUGAAACACAAUACUCCUUUCUGUGUCAGACAUCUGCAGCAGUUUUUGUGUUCUUUGACCAAUUGGACUCUGACUGCAGUCUGCUUACUAACCAAAACCAAAAGGCACAAAUAUACUUAGUGGGUAACUAUGAGAGCAAGCGCUUCAAUAAAGAUGUUUUAAAAAAAGUAGCAACCAAGUUGGGCUUGACUAAGAACAACAUCAUUAUUAAGACAAAACAGAAAAAUGAUGCUGAUUUUGUAAAAGAUUUGAGGGAAACAGUCAGAGAUGUAGUUGAGACCUCAAAUAUGAAGAUGACAAUAGAGCAGAUGGCAGACAUUGCACAUGAACUGGGAAUACUGGUUGAUGAAGACUCUCCAGAGUGCCAGACUGCAAAGAAAAAUGCAGAAGCCAUCACUGCACAAAUUCAAGACAUCCUUAAAUACAAGGAAGAUCAGCUUCCACGGCAAGGUGAAAUAUGGAAAGAACUGACCCGCUUAGAGAAGGAAGAAUUUCGAUUUCAAAAAGUUGGAUCAAAAAAUAUAGAAGAUUACAAAAGUGAUCUUCAUCUGAAGAAAGAAGAACUGCGGAAAAAGCAGAACUCUUAUGACAUGUCGACAGCUAUGACACGUUUCAUUAAUGCAAUAUCAAGCCAGGGAACAGAGAGGUUUUAUUUCCUGAAAUGGAUGCGAAUGAACCUCGAUAACGCGUCUCGUGUAAAACUGUCUGAACUUCGGGAGAAAUAUAAAGAAAAAUGCAAGAACUCUGCGAACAAAGAGGAGAUCAAAGAAAUUGACAGACAAAUUUCCAACAGCUCACUGGGGACUGAACACUUUUUCCGUGAAAUGGGUCAGAUCUAUGAAGCCUCACUGUCACUUCCAGAAACAGAUCCAUCACGUCAACAUCUGCAUCAUCUGCCCAAACUGUGUGCAGAGUUGUUGCUUGAUGGAUUUCCUCUUGAGCUUGUAGAUGGAGAUGCAUCCAACAUCCCUCUCAGAUGGGUGAGUGAUGUUCUCUCUCAGCUCAGUGACUUGGUGUCUCCAAACAGAAAGAUCCUGGUAGUCACAGUUCUUGGAGUUCAGAGCACAGGAAAGUCCACUCUCCUUAACACCAUGUUUGGAGUGCAGUUUGCAGUCAGCAGUGGUCGAUGUACUCGAGGUGCCUUUAUGUUGAUCAUCAAAAUCAAUGAAGACAUGAAAAAAGUCCUAAACUGUGACUUCAUGCUGAUCAUUGACACUGAGGGCUUAAAGUCACCAGAACUUGCACAACUGGACAACAGCCAUGAGCACGACAAUGAGCUUGCUACACUUGUUGUAGGGCUGAGUGACAUCACCAUUGUUAAUAUUGCAAUGGAGAAUUCACCUGAAAUGAAGGACAUCCUACAAAUAGUUGUGCAUGCUUUUCUCAGGAUGAAGGAGGUGGGCAAAAAGCCUAAAUGUGUGUUUGUUCACCAGAAUGUUUCCAGUGUUUCAGCCCAUGAGAAGAACUCACGAGACAGGAAACUGCUCCUGGAACAGUUAAAUGAGAUGACCCAGGCAGCAGCCAGAAUGGAAAAGAAAGAGGAGAACAAGAGCUUCACUGAUGUGAUGGAGUACAGUCCAGACACUGGGAACUGGUACAUUCCUGGGCUCUGGAAUGGAAACCCACCAAUGGCACCAGUCAAUGCAGGCUACAGUGAGGCUGUAUAUGAGCUCAAGAAACACAUCGUCCAACUGCUGGGAAACUCUGAAUCAUCUGUUAAGGAUAUCUUGGAGUUUAAAGAGUGGAUAAAGAGCCUGUGGACUGCAGUAAAGCACGAAAAUUUUAUCUUCAGCUUCAGAAACAGCCUCGUAGCUGAUGCAUACAUGAGCCUCUGCACAGAAUUCAACAAAUGGGAGUGGGAAUUCAAAAAAGAAAUGUACAACUGGGGAACAAAUGCAGAAACAAGAAUUUCCAAUUUUGGAACAGUUGCUGUAAAAUCUGAAUCUUCUGACAUGAGAGAAUUUCUCACAUCUUUGAAAAGUGAAGCCUCCACAGUGCUGUCUACAUGGGAGACAAAACUUCUAGAAAAUCUGACACAGUAUUUCAAGCAAACACAAGGUCAUGUUUAUCUGGUUGAAGGAUACAAAGAGGAAUUCUUAAACAAUGCAAAGAGCCUUCGAAAAGAAAUGGAACGGAGUGUUUUUAAUCAGCUCACAGCAGCAGUAGAAAUCAAAGAGGGAAUGGCAGAAAUUGAAAAAAUAAAAAAAAGUCAUAGAAAAGAGAUUGAGAAGGCAGUUUGUGCACUAAUUGAUGAAUGUCGGAAAAAGAAUAUCCAAAUGGGAAAGACAGAACUGGAAAAUGAAUUUCGCAAGAUGUGGAGUGAAACUCUGAAGAAACUUUCUUUUUCCGAACAAAAGACAACAAAUGUCUUCACCAGCGUAUCUCAAUACCUGAGAAUCAAUCUGUCAUACAAGGGGAGUCAUGCAUGUGAAUUAUUAAGUCAAAAAAGUCUGCAAGAUUGUGGAAAAGAGCCUUUCAAAUAUACAAGUGAACAAAUAUUGCACAAAGUUGCACAUGCAAUGGGCAGAGUGGCUAAAUUUUUCAACAUUCAAGAUCACAUAAAGGCUGUACAAAAACUGGCUGACAGCAUUAUUGAUGUCUGCACUCAGUUUGUGAGAGAAAAGGUUAAAAAAAAAAACAAUUACACUGACACUUACAUCCAGGAGAUUCUACACAUGAUUGAUACAAAACUACAUAACAAUCAAGAUGUUAGGACUGACAUCAAGUUUGAAGUUUCUCUGAAACAGUACAUCUGUGGAUUUGCAGCCAGAGAGUUUCAGAAAAUGCACGAAGAUUUCAUCCAAGAAAAUGAUCCCUAUAGAUGUCUGAUUAAAAACAAGGACAAGUUUCGUGAUGAUUUCAUUGAUGUGUUCCAUGAAAGAGACCAGUGUCAGAAGAAGGCAGAAGAAUUCACCAAGCAGUGUUUGAAGCCUGCUGUCAAAGACUAUGUCAGUCGUUUUCUGGGACAUGAUGUCAUUGGUGAAAUGUUGACAUGUGAACAGUUCAGCAAUCGAAUGUCCUUCCAGUAUUCAAUUUUACUGGAUUUACUUUCAAAGGAUGAAUUUAUGCACUACCUUGAAUUUAUUCAGAAUUAUGAGGAGUAUGUAAAAGAAGUGAUAGAAAAGAAAAUAGUGCAGCGCUUUUCAACUGUGUCCAAAAUAUCUGAGUUUGAGGACCGACAUCUCCAGUCAUGUAUCAAAAGCAUAAAUGAUGCAAUCAACAAGGCCAAAACAGGAAAAAGUGAUGACUUGAAGACAUUUGUUGAAGAUAUUCACAAAGAACUGGGUCAUAAACUGGUCAUUUCUCAGGAUGCUCUUGGUGCAUUCAUGAUCCUGAACAAUGCUGACAAGGAACAAUUUGCUCACUGGCUCACAGAGUGUGUAAUGGAGAUGGCAGAAAAUCUUAGAAAAAAGUUUCAGACACUGAACUUUGAAAUUAAACUAAAACGUCUUCAUGUGCAACCCCAGAAUGAACUUUUCAAAACAUUGAUUGGUUGUGGCAAACAGUGUCCAUUUUGCAACGUUCCCUGUAAUGCAGGAGGAGGAGCCCACACUGAGCACUUUGCUGCACUGCAUAUGCCUCAGGGUCUGGGUGAAUACAAUGUGGAUAAAGCACAGGAACUGGUCACCAAAAUAUGCACAUCUUGUGUGAACAGUGAACUGUUUUUUUGUUGCAAUGCUACAAAGAAUGAGUUUCAUUCUUAUAAACUUUACAAGAAGAUUUACCCAGACUGGAAAAUCGUUCCAGAUGGGAGCCUUGAGGCAUCAGCCUACUGGAAAUAUGUGAUGAAAAAAUACAACAGUGCCUUUGCUGAAGUAUUUCAUGCAAAACCUGCUAAAAUUCCUAACACUUGGAAUAACAUCACAAAAGAUGAGGCAGAAAAAGGUCUCAAAGUGUCAUUUCACAACUAGUAAGAGAAAGUUGAACUAGAAAUGAGUAACUACAAACUGUUAUUCUUCAAGCGCAGAGAACACAUCGUCAGAUAUUGUGAUUUCAGUUUGUUUUUAUGAUAUAGAUCAAUAUACAUUAGCUACUAUGAUUUACAAUAAUGUAAUAAAAGACAAUAUAUUUUA